GCGGCCCCCCACAUUGACCAGGUCUCCACAGCCGAGGCCCCUGGCACAUAAUGCACGUGAAAUCGUCCCUGAUCCUCCACGUGAGAUCUUUAUCCUCAAUCUGCUUUAUCGCACUGAUGCAGUGGCGAAGUCCCCACCUCCGCCACCGCGUAUGUUCGGUCCUAGCGACUUCAUUCGGAACCAUCUAUGUCCAGAAAGACGCCACGCUGUACCACCAUCUGGAG